AUGCGCAUCAUUAGCUGGAUCCCAUUGCUGCUGCCUCUGGCAGCAGCUCGCACUGUGCCCUUCGAGGCUGAGAUUGCGGGAUUCCAUCGCCGCCAGCUGCCCAAGGAGCCGACGGGCGUCAAGACCCUGAAGACUGCGAAUAAUGUCACCAUUCGUUACAAGGAGCCUGGCAAAGAAGGUGUCUGUGAGACCACCCCCGGGGUCAAGUCUUAUGCAGGCUACGUCGAUCUCUCGCCCACAGCACAUACUUUCUUCUGGUUCUUCGAGGCACGCCAUGACCCUGAAAAUGCGCCCAUCACGCUGUGGUUGAAUGGAGGGCCGGGAAGUGACUCACUGAUUGGCUUAUUUGAAGAAUUGGGCCCAUGCCAUGUCAACAAGAAAAAUGAAACCUACCUCAACCCUCACUCGUGGAAUGAGGUUUCCAACAUGCUAUUUUUGUCUCAGCCCCUCGGCGUUGGUUUCUCCUACGCCGACAAGGCACCCGGCUCGCUGAAUCCCCUCACAGGGGCCUUUGAGGAUGCAUCCUUCGCCGGAGUCCAGGGUCGCUAUCCCGUCAUCAAUGCUACGUUAACUGAUACCACUAAUCUCGCUGCCAAAGCUACCUGGGAAGUGCUGCAGGGCUUCCUUGGUGGUCUGCCCAAGUUGGACUCGAAGAUCAAGUCCAAGAGCUUCAAUUUGUGGACAGAGAGCUAUGGAGGUCACUAUGGUCCAGCUUUCUUCGACCACUUCUACGAGCAAAACGAAAGGAUUGCCAAUGGCACCGUGCACGGUGUUAAGCUCGACUUCAACACCCUCGGAAUCAUAAACGGGAUCAUCGAUGAGGCCAUCCAAAGCAGUCACUAUCCCGAGUUUGCCGUCCACAAUACCUAUGGCAUCAAAACUGUCAACGAAACGGUCUACAACUACAUGAAAUUCGCCAACGAGAUGCCCAAUGGAUGCCAGGACCUGGUAGCAAGCUGCAAAAAGACCAACCGCACCUCGCUUUCGGACUAUGCACUCUGCACUGAGGCGACCAAUAUGUGCCGGGAUAAUGUCGAGGGUCCAUACUACGUCUUCAGUGGCCGCGGCACCUACGACAUCCGCCAUCCAUCGCAAGACCCAACCCCACCAGGCUACUACACAAAUUACCUCGCCAAGGACUCAGUUAUGAACGCGCUGGGCGUCGACGUCAACUACACACAAUCCAACAACGAGGUAUACUUCGCCUUCCAGCAAACAGGCGACUUCGUGUGGCCGAAUUUCCUCGAAGACCUCGAAGACAUCCUCGCUCGCCCGGUGCGCGUAGCCCUGAUCUACGGCGACGCAGACUACAUCUGCAACUGGUUCGGCGGCCAGGCCAUCUCGCUGGCCGCCAACUACACGCACAGCAAACAGUUCCGGGCCGCCGGGUACGCGCCGUUCGAGGUCGACGGAGUCGAGUUCGGCGAGACGCGCGAGUACGGUAACUUCUCGUUCACGCGCGUGUACGAGGCCGGCCACGAGGUCCCGUACUAUCAGCCCGUUGCGGCCCUGCAGCUCUUCAACCGCACCCUGAAUGGCUGGGAGCUGCCCAAGGGCCAGAAGAAGCUGACUGCGCGCUUUGGGUCCAAGGGCCCGGCUCGUGCGACUCAUACUCAGUCCUCGGUGCCGUUGCCUAGCUCGACUGUGUUGAAAUCUGCUGCUGCGGGGCAGCGGUGA